AAAAGUGAAAAUUUUUCUCCGAAAUUGGAUGGCUAGAAGAAUUUUAGCAACCCAAUCGAAGACCCCCAAGCGGUUUUUUCUUUAUACUUUCGAUCGGCUAUUGAACACCGCCGCCUCCUCCCCCGCUGCCGCCUUCACGGCUGCCGCCGCCUCCCCGCUCAAUCUCACCGGCUCUCCGGCGAAACCCACGGUUGAUUUCACCGACACAAGUGCCUUAUUUGGGUCUCUUUCGACGUUGGAACUCUUACGCGCCGCCGCCAAUCUCCACCUCGCCGCCGUCGGCCCCGUCGUGGACGCCGGGAUAUGGAUCAUGAACUCUAAACUGAUGGACGUGGAAUUGAUUCGUGAGGCGAUUUUAGGUACUGUUAAGCAUACGUUUUACCGACAUUUUUGCGCCGGCGAGGACGACGCGGCGGUUAGGAAAACCGUCCGACGGCUUCACGACGUCGGAUUAAGGAGCAUGCUUGAUUACGCCCUGGAAUAUGCCGACGACGAGGAAUCAUGUGAUCGGAAUCUUGAUGGGUUUCUUAAAACCAUCGAAGCCACUAAAUCGCUUCCGCCUGGUUCUGCAAGUUUUGUGGUGGCUAAAGUUAGUGCAAUUUGCCCAUUAAGAUUGCUUGAAAGAGUGAGUGAUUUAUUAAGAUGGCAACACAAAAACCCUUGUUUGAAUCUCCCAUGGAAGCUCAAAACCUUACCAAUUUUCUCAGACUCAAGCCCUUUAUACCACACCCUCAAACACCCCACUCCCCUAACUCCCCAAGAAGAGAAAAGCCUCCAAAUCAGCCACCAAAGGCUCAUCAAAAUCUGUCAAGCCUGUGCCGAUGCCAACGUUCCCUUAGCCAUCGAUGCCGAGCACACCAAAGUUCAACCCGCCAUCGAUUACUUCACGUACUCUGCCGCCAUUGAUUACAACAAAGACCACAAUCCCAUCGUCUAUGGCACUGUCCAAGCCUAUUUGAAGGACGCCAAAGACCGGUUGUUGUUGGUUGCUAAGGCUGCUGACAAUAUGAAAAUUCCUCUUGGGAUUAAGCUAGUGAGAGGUGCUUAUAUGUCUAGUGAAUCCAAACUCGCGUCGUCUUUAGGGUUUUCGUCUCCUAUUCACGAUACCAUUCUCGAUACUCACUCGUGCUAUGAUGGUUGUGCGUCGUUCUUACUCGACAACGUCGUUAAGAGCUCGAGUGGUGUUAUUCUUGCAACCCACAACGUUGAAUCAGGGAAAUUGGCGGCUGCCAAAGCAUAUGAGAUAGGGAUUGGGAAGUUGAAGCACAAGUUGGAGUUUGCCCAAUUGUAUGGGAUGUCGGAAGCUCUUUCCUUUGGGUUGAGAAAUGCAGGGUUUCAAGUGAGUAAAUACAUGCCAUUUGGCCCUGUGGAUAUGGUAAUGCCAUAUCUUUUGAGACGGGCGGAAGAGAAUAGAGGUCUUCUAUCUACGUCAAAUCUCGAUAGAAAACUUAUGAGGAAGGAGAUGGCAAGGAGGGUGAAAGAUUGCAUGAGGUGAAAUAGCAACAUCAGCCUUCAACACCAAGAUUUGCAAUUUUUUUUAAAAAAAUUUAAGUUAUUCAUAGAAUAUGAAAUGUCCUUUUCGACCUUACUAGAACAAUAUGAAUAAUUUGUAAAAUAGGGCGAAAAUGGUAAAUUUAGAACUUUGUGUUAGGUGGAACAUAAGUUUAUAUUAUGGUUGUUUUUUUAGAAUUAAUGAAGUAAAUAUUAUGUUAAUUA